AUGACAGCAACCCGUGAAUCGUAUGAGCCUUCGCAUCCCGGCCUUUUCUCUAUCGAGUUCAAGGAGGGUGAAUACAGUUCCGCUCUUUUUGCCGACAAAGAUUUCGCCGAGGGCCAAGUGUUGGCGUUCCUCGAAGGUCUGACGAAAGGACCCAAAGCAUAUUCAUCUGUGCAGUGCGGGCCCAACAGCGACGACCACAUUGAACUCAAUUCUGACCUCCUUUACGUGAACCAUUCUUGCGAGCCUAAUGUCGCCUUUGAUUUGUCGUCUACAAACAUGACUGAAUGGCAGGUUCGCGCACUGAAGCCUAUCCGCUCCGGAGAACCGCUCUCGUUCUUUUAUCCGAGCACUGAAUGGGACAUGGGCCAGCCAUUCGAGUGUAUCUGCGGCACGUCGUCGUGCCUAGGACAAAUCCAAGGCGCUGCAUAUCUCUCUAAAGAAGACUUACUUGCCAGGAAGUUCGUCAGUCCUUGGAUAUUGGCGCUCGCGGCCGAGCGGGAUGCUUCGUUGGUCGCAACCCACCAAACAGGCCCGGGAGGGCUAUCGGCACAAUCUUCGCAGAGAUGCGUCUCUUGUGGUUUCGGAUUCACUGCCCGCGGCGACAAGAACCUCUGCGGCUGUCGCCCGAACUGA